AUGUGUCUAGGUGACUACAGCCACUGCAGACAGCGGAUGUCCCGGGGACUCCACGGGGUCUCUGGCAGGGCUGCGCUGUGGUUUCCAGCCUUUCAUUCCGUGCACCGCACGGCUUGUGGCACUUGGCGCAUCGAGGCCCAGGAGCAGGCCCGGGCUUCCACCCCGGUACUGGAACACCUCCGGCGACAGCUGGAGCGCGCCUUCCAGCGGGCGGCCGCACGCGGGCGCGCCAGGCGAGCGCGGGAGGCGGUGGCGGCGGUGGCUGCGGCCGCGGAGGCAGCGAGGGAGGAGCGGACCCGGGUGCGCAUGAAGUGCGCGCUGGCCCGGCUGCGCGCGGAGCUGCUGGAAUUGCGUUUCCAGAACCAUCAGAUGGCCCGAACUUUACUGGAUUUGAACGUGAAGAUGCAGCAGCUGAAGAAGCAGCAGGACCUGGAGCGUGCAUCCAAAUCCCAGAGCCCAGAAGAUGACGCCAUGAACCCCAAGUGUGGAAAUGCGUAGUGGAAAGCCCACGCCCGCAACUCCGAAGCAGUCCCAACCCUCACCAUAACAUAGGCAACUCUGAAACCGUUCUAGCAUUAACACUAGUGAUGCCGUCUGUGCAUUCUGAGGGGCAUCCUGUCCAGCAAAAACCUAGGUGUAAGGGGGAAGUGGGGAAAGAAAGGAUCUAAGAAAGGGGAGAGAGACAUUGUUGUGAAGUAAAAAAAAAAUAAUUUAUCCAUUGGUUUGACUGGUUGUUAUCUUAGUAGGAGGAAGGGAAGAAGGAGAGAAAUAGGAGGGAGAAGAAAAACCAAAGCAUCCGAGUCUGCCUUAUUGCCAGUUUACAAUGCUGCCCGUUGCCUUAUCGCCUUCCUUUCUGUACUUUUGUGCUUUGCUUUUUUUUUUUUUUCCUGUAUUUAAUUUUGCUCGACCAAGUAGCCAAUCCAGUACUCUUCUGACUCGGGAAACCGAGAAUUAUUAGUGCCUGGAUUCCAGCCAUGCCCCCAAUGUGGCCACCAUUAAGGGUGUCUCAGCUUCUUGCUGCAUUUAGACAAGUACUCCAGGCCUUGAUGUCAUUGAAAGACAAAAUAGGUAAUGAUCCUCCUAAAAUCUCUGCCUCAGUUGGUUCAAGUGUGAGUUUCCUGAGGUACACCCCCCAAUUCCUAACUAAUGUAGUUCUUUUGUUCAAGUAACUUAGGAAUUUAAAUCAUUCUUACUGUUGAAUUAAAAGAUCUAUUGUGCCCUAAAAGUGCUUUUUCAAUGCAAAAGUAAAAACAAUAAAAAAGUU